UUGAAAAUCGACAAGGACAAGGGGUGGUUCGCCGUUAAAACAACAAAAGUCUCUGGGGUUUAAUCAAGUUCAUUGAUCUUGAAGGAAAUUAUGUAAAAUUGUUGACGUAUCGAAGAAGCAUGGAGCCAGACUUAGAAGCCGCCGCUAAACUCUUUACACCGCCUGUUCGGAGGCGGAAAAAGAAGAAAAGGUCCGAAAAAGAAGAACCGGGAAUUUUAUCCUUGAAGCGGCAAACGCAGAGAAUCAGGGAACCAAAAAACCCAUUCAUGUCUUCAGACGAGUCAGAGGAGCCGGUUGUCAACAACAGAGACUUGAACGAGUGGUUUACCGAAGAUGAGGAUGGUCCGCCUGGUCCAGUCAUCAAUCGUCCUAAGUCAACCGCCACCAGCAAAACGUCAAACACCUACGUGACCUGCCUGACCGAGGUGCAACAGGUUGUCGUCCAGCAAACUGAGCGGUUUGAAAUUUCAGAAGACGACGACGACAUAGCUGUUCUGAGCCACCAAUUCCAGGAUGCGGAGAUCACGGACGACGAAGACGAGCCUGAGGUUACAGUGGUGGCCACCAAAGUCCUGUCGCCGGCCAACACUUCCAAGCUGCAGGAGGUCACGAGCAAUGAAAAGGUGCACACUUGGCUUCGAGAGAUCGUACCUGCCGGACACACGUCUCGAAAGCUUGAAAUGAUUCCAUCUGACGCACCGUCUGAACCAGGAUCUCAGGGCUCCACUGGCUACCCUAUCACCCUUGCUUCUCAAAAUAGGAGUUCAUUUUGUGCCACAUCUAGGCAAGAAUCGAGCCCGGAGUCGUUGUCGCAUUCUUUCUCCACUGUCCCCAAGCAGUCCUUUGGUCCAACUGUGCAAAGCCAGGCUUCCAGCACAUCCCGAAGCUCUUCCUUCUACUUCAAGACUGGUCCAUCCAAUCGAAAACCCCAGAGUCAGAAGAAGCUGUCAAAUCGCUCGACCCUGACAAUCUGGAGCGACGCCAAGUCGACUCUUGAAUCCAUCCAUCUGCACGUGGACACCUUGAAUGAAGAUGAGGACGAGGAGAACUCAUUCUCUGCCUUUCUACCUGUAGAGAGGAAUUACUCACUUCCUAAGCGAAAGUCGAGCACUUCGGCUGGAUCUGACUCGCUUCCUGAUACAGUACUUAAGGACUCAUUUGUCUUUGCUUCUUCGAACAACUUUCGGUUACACCCUGAACCGCUAGCCAACGUGACUAACUUUAAUCCUGUCCAUUCCUCCACACACCGAGACUCCGACUUUCAAUUUUCGAGCAAUGACACAUUGUACAAAGACACACUCAACCAAACCAGGCAAAAGGCAAGGAGUCUGGAAAAAGUAAAUGAAGAGCAACCUGAGAGGAAACACCGCCAGAGUCAGGUCAUCAUCCUGUCCUCGGAUGAAGAGUACAACGCUGAGUAUGAUGAGGAUGACGUCAUUUCUGAGUCGAGUGAUGAGGGAAUAAAUCUGACCCAGCGUGAAAAGGCUCCAAAAAUUAUGCCAGUGGUGAGAAUUCCGGACACCGACGAAGAGUCCUGCAGUCCGGAGCAACAACCCCGAAGUGAUCUUGUGGUGCCUGAGACUGAAGAUGAGAACGAGGCGGAAGAACCCUCUGAUCAGUCAACCCAUUUCGCAGAGGAGAGCCAGGAGGAGAGUUCACACGCUGUUCAGGAAGAGACCCCAAACGUCAAUUCGCGACAGAGAAGGCGAAAACCUCGUGAUGAUUUUGAUAAUGAGAAGCCGUCGCCUCAAAGAGCCGUGACUAAAGUUGUGUCUCCAACUGUGUUCAGGCGGAGAGAAUUAUCGGAAGAGUCGGAGGAUGAUGAGGAACUCUUAGGCAAAUUUUUCAAAAAGCUGAAAGAAAAGACAAUCCCAAAGACUCCUAUUAAAGAAGUUCUGCAGGAUGAUUCUUUCAUUGUACCUGAUGAUGUCGUCCACGUCGAGAGUGACUUAUCGGAGAAUGAGCAGGAAAUCAGCAUAUUUGACCCAUCAAUUUACCGUAAAUUGAUUAACGAAAGAAGAAAAGCCGACACAGGAAUAGAUGUGUCAAUAAAAGAGGCAAAUUGGAAUGUUGUGCGAAAGCAAUUCACCCAAACGCCUACAAAUGAAGGGAGAAAGAAAAACUUUGCUACACCAGGAAAAAUUUCUCAUAAGGAAAAGCAAGAGCCAGUUAAACGGACUCUCAGCUUUUUGGCAUCACUUUCAUGCGUUGAUAAGACGUCUUGCCACCCUGAUGCCUUGCCGUACCUAAAAAAUUUCAAGUCGACUAAAGAUGAUCUCGUAGACACUCUUUUUGCCCUUUUCAACAAAACCGUUUUUGACAAAAAGCUGGACCCCAACAUGUCCAUAACAUGGAACAACAGGUUGAGAAGCACAGCAGGCUACUGUUACAAUCAAAGAAAGAAGGUUGAUAACGGCACAACACGUAUUUCAAGAAUUGAACUCUCUGGAAAGAUACUGCAAAAUCCUGGCCAGUUGAGAGACACUUUGGUUCAUGAAAUGUGUCACGCCGCCACAUGGGUGAUUGACGAUACCCUCGGAGGGCAUGGUCCUGUGUGGAAAAAGUGGACAAGAAGGGCAAUGAGGGUGCACCCUGAACUGCCAGAAAUCAAACGGUGCCAUGGCUACACCGUGGAGACCACUUACACAUACAAAUGCACUGUUUGCUACUACAGCUUUGGAAGAUUUUCCAAGUCUCUGGACCUUGAGCGGAAGGUGUGUGGAAUGUGCAGGGGAAAGUUUGAGUUGAUAGUGAACAAUGCCAAAGGGAAAAGCGGAACCCCGCGACCACUAAACAAGUUUGCUUGUUUCGUGAAGGAAAACUAUAGUGUUGUGAAGCAGCAGAACAUGAAGCACAAAGAUGUGAUGCAGCAGCUUGGCAAAAUGUUCAAAGAGACCAAACUGCAGUCGAACAACGCCUCUGAAGACAAAGACUAAAACGCGCUUAGGUUCAAGAGCACAAGUGAUAGUUGAGAAAUUAUAGCCAGAAUAUUUUUCUGAUAAAUUUGGGAAAAUAAAUUUUAAAAAUUAAAAAUUACAGGAAAAAUGGCACGUUGAGUGCAAUUACUCCAAAUGAAUUCAAGGCGUCAUUUUUUCCUGGAGAAUAUUGUUCCAAGCUCAAUGCCAAGAGCAUGACAAAAUGUAAUAAUUUUAAAAUAUUUUGUGGAUUCAGAGUAUUUUUUUUAUUAUACAUGGAUAGGAUUUUAAAAUUUUUCUGUUAAUGAAACAAAAAUUUCAAAAGAUGAUUUGAUGUGGGGAAAAAAUUAUAAAAAUGAUCUGAUGCCUUACAUGCAAGCUCAAUGGGGGUUAUGGCAAGUAAGACUAAAAGAAAUCAAAUUCAAAGUAUGUAGUUGGAUUUGUGAAGUUUUUAUUUUUUUAUUUUUAAAUUUUCUCAGAAUGAGAAUUUAAAACUCAAAGAAACCACUCAAAACGGAAAAUUAAUUAUUAAAUUAUUAGUUUUGACUAAUCGCCCUGACGUGGAAUUACUUUCCGAGACGCGAGAUAUUUGAGACAAAGCCCGUGAAAAAAGUAAGAAAAUUCCUGUUGUGUGAUAAUAAAAAAUACUAAUUGAGGGCGAAAAUUUCCCAAAAUUAAUAUUUUUUAAAACCACCCAAAUCUGUCCGUAUACGUUUCACAAGAAGUACUAAUUUAAUUUUCUCAGGAUGCCUGAUUUGUUAAAAUAAGAAACAUGUAUGCGCAUGUAUGUAGAGGAAAAAUGUAAUAUUUUUUUAAUUGAUAUUCCUAAAUUCUAAGAAAGGGGCCAGAUCAGUAUUGCAAAGUAUGAUUAAUUUGAAUUAAUUUUUUUCAGAUAUCAUUAUUCAUGAUUAAAAAUUAAGCGCCUCAUCUGACACAAGAACUAUGUUCUUGAGAAUCGGUGUACUAAAUUUUAUAAAAUUUAUAAACAAUAAUUAUAA